AUGGAGGCGUCAAGAGGGCCGCCAAAGGUCAAAAACAAGGCCCCGGCGCCUGUCCAGAUUUCUGCGGAACAGCUUCUUCGUGAAGCUGUUGACCGUCAAGAGGUUGCAUUGCAAGCACCCACCCAGCGCUUUGCAGAUCUGGAGGAACUGCACGAAUUCCAAGGACGAAAGCGAAGAGAAUUCGAGGACUAUGUCCGACGGAACCGAGUCAACCUCAAUAAUUGGAUGCGAUAUGCAGCAUGGGAACUCGAGCAGAAGGAAUUCGCACGUGCAAGAUCGAUCUUUGAACGCGCACUCGAUGUGCAUCCUAAUUCGGUUCCUCUCUGGAUCAGGUACAUCGAAUCGGAAAUGAAAAAUCGUAACAUUAACCAUGCGCGAAAUCUACUUGAUAGGGCAGUCACUCGACUGCCCCGUGUUGAUAAGCUAUGGUACAAGUACGUUUAUAUGGAGGAAAUGCUAGGCAAUGUGCCAGGUACCCGCCAGGUUUUCGACCGCUGGAUGCAAUGGCAGCCCGAUGAGGCGGCCUGGAGUGCCUACAUCAAGCUGGAGAAGAGGUAUGGAGAAUACGAUAGAGCCAGGGAUAUCUUCAGGGCGUUCACCCUCGUCCACCCGGAACCCAGAAACUGGAUCAAGUGGGCACGGUUUGAAGAAGAGUUCGGUACCAGUGACAUGGUACGCGACGUCUUUGGCACAGCCGUCGAAGAGCUAGGCGACGAUUUCGUCGACGAAAAGCUGUUCAUUGCAUAUGCUCGCUUUGAGGCGAAGCUAAAGGAGUACGAAAGAGCUCGCGCAAUCUACAAGUAUGCCCUAGACCGACUGCCUCGGUCAAAAUCUAUGGCCCUUCACAAAGCCUACACGACAUUCGAAAAGCAAUUUGGAGACCGGGAUGGUGUCGAGGAUGUUGUGCUCUCCAAGCGUCGCGUCUUCUAUGAAGCCCAGGUCAAAGAAAACCCAAAGAACUAUGAUACUUGGUUCGACUACACGCGGCUCGAGGAGACCGCAGGUGAGCUGGACAGGGUACGGGAUGUGUACGAGAGAGCAGUUGCUCAGAUUCCGCCGGCACAAGAGAAGAGAUUCUGGAGGCGUUACAUCUAUCUCUGGAUAAACUACGCCAUUUUCGAAGAGUUGCAGGCAAAGGAUUUGGAAAGAGCUCGACAGAUUUACAAAGUGUGCUUGGACUUGAUUCCUCAUAAGAAGUUCACCUUUGCCAAGAUCUGGUUGUUGAAAGCCCAAUUUGAGAUACGGCAAGGUGAGCUCACAACUGCUCGAAAGACUCUCGGCCAAGCCAUCGGCAUGUGCCCGAAAGACAAGCUGUUCCGAGGUUAUAUCGAGCUGGAGCUGAAGCUGUUUGAGUUCUUGCGAUGCCGAACACUGUACGAGAAGCACAUUGAGUGGAAUCCUUCGAAUUGCCAGACAUGGAUCAAGUUUGCUGAGCUCGAGCGUGGUCUCGAUGACUUGGACCGUACCAGAGCCAUAUUCGAGCUGGCGGUCAGCCAACCGGUUCUUGACAUGCCCGAAUUGCUGUGGAAGGCGUACAUCGACUUCGAGGAAGAAGAGGGCGAGUAUGAGAGGACGAGAGAGCUUUACGAACGCCUUCUUGAGAAAACGGAUCACGUCAAAGUCUGGAUUAGUUACGCUCACUUCGAGCUCAAUAUUCCGGAAGAUGAGGAAGAGGCGGAAGAGGAAGCACCUAUCAGCGACGAGGCAAAGGCAAGAGCGCGCAAAGUGUUCGAGCGCGCGCAUAAGAGCAUGCGGGAGAAGGAGCUCAAGGAGGAGACGGUCACGCUUCUCAACGCGUGGCUGUCAUUCGAGAGAACGCACGGCGCUGUGGAGGACAUGGAGAAGGUGCAGAAGCUGAUGCCGCGCAAGACGAAGCGCAGAAGACGCUUGGAAGACGACAGCUUCGAGGAGUAUAUCGACUACGUUUUCCCGGCAGACGACAAGCAAACACAAAACUUGUCAAACUUGCUGGCCAUGGCUCAGGCCUGGAAGCAACAGGGAGGAGAUGCCACAGCAUAA